AUGAGGGACUUUACAAUAGGCUUCAAAUAUUAUCCACAAUACUCGAAAAUUUGCAAGAUUGCAAUUGUCCUCCCGACUGUGGGCGAACCUCUUCAGCUAGAAGCCCUGCUGGGAAUCCUAGAACUCCGAGUCCGCGGAGACCCACUCGAUGCCGUCGGGUAUCAAAAAGAAACUCAGAUGGCGGGCCACGGUUGGGUGAGGCCCGCUGCCCAGGCAGGCCCAGGGCGAACUAAUGACUGGUUAAACUUGCUGGACCCCCGACGCGAGUACGCCGACAACACUGAGGAGACCGCACGGGGAUUGCAGGCUUUGUAUGCAAGUGACGGGAGCGUACACCAAUCAUUCAUAAACAAGGAUUUCAGCGAACCAAGAGGGGAUGGAACCUCAAUUUACGGUGACCUUGGCCCCACGGGAACAGAGCUUGUCUACAUACCCGCCUUUUGGAUUGACUCUGACUACUCUGGUAACGGGAUAGGCCCCCGAGCCUUGAAUUUAUUCUAUAGACUUUCGAUGGGUGGAGUACUGAGCCGAUACAACAUUGGAGGACGGGUGACCUUCACUUUAACACCUGGGCUGUUCAGCGACCGUGAGAUGGUCAAAAUGUGGUUCGAAAAAGUUCCUCGAAGGACGGUUGCUCGAAGGAGGGAUUCCCGAGUGGGAUACGAGGAUGAGGACGCAUAUGAAGCGAGGGUCAGAGGGGUGGUAGAAAGGAGGUUGGUAGCAUUUUAUAGGGCUCAAGGCUAUACGGCGUUUAGAGGCGCUGUCUAUGGACGCCCUGUUGAGCCGCAGACUGCGGACCCUCAUGACCGGCGCAUCGAAAAUCCCAACCCUCCUCCGCUUGGGGAAGGUGGGAACACACCUAGAUCGAGAAUGUCAAGAGAUGAGGCUGGGCCCACGGGCGCGGCAGAGGGAGAAACGCAAGAAGACGAAGAAAUGGGUUCUUAG